AUGGUUCUUCUUGCAGGACUCGAUCAGAUCGAUGCCGUGUUCACCGACUUUGUCAGCGCUGUGGAGGCUAUAAUAAGGAAUAGCAAAGAGUGUAAGGCUCAUGGAAGUUCGAUACAAGGCGGUCGAAGUGCUGUUGGCGGUAACUGCUGGGGCGUACCAGACAACACUGUUGACGUACUUGAUCCAAAGAGAUCUCUUUCCCGCAGUCAUGAAGGCCUCCUAGCAAACUACAACAAAUUCGAGUUCCAGAACCCCUACCAGCAAAGAUUAAACGACUUUGUCAACGAAGCCGUGAUUCAAAAGAUCGUGGGCGCAGUAGGACAAGCGUGUCAGAUAGUUCGGUCUCGAUACAUCACGAUCCAAGACGAUCUUCCUGAAGGCUGGACCUUCAGCGCUACUCUUAACAUGAUCGGACUCGGCGCGAUCGCUCCCGGGCCAAAACCUGUGAAGAAGCCUGUGUAUGAUGUUGAGACUGCCAAAGCUCUCUUCACCAAGCUACCUGAGGAAGAAGCUGCUGUUCUCCUAGCUACUUACGACUUCACCCACGCCAAUAAGCUCUUCUGCUUCAACCUAGUAACACAGGCAGCUGAACCAGGCGCUGAGCAACCCAUCGCCAGCUAUGUCUCUCUCACCUCCUAUCUCCUCCAACACGCCUACCUCUCACCCCGCGCCACAUACUACGCCCAUCUCAACCUCAUGGUCUUCCGCCUCCUGAUCGAAGAUCCCACAAUCUGCAAGCGUAUCUGCAGCGAUGAAUCCCGCGUCGCAGUGCGUCUGUGUCGACAGCGACAGCCUUACCUCCCUCUCGUCAAAGGCGAGCGAGUCCUUGCCAUUUCACUUCUAGACACUAUGAUUGACGGUGUGAAUCAUAAUCUUCGUCGUCGUCUCGAUGUCAGUCUUUACACACUCUGCUUUGGCAUCAUGCUUCGUAUUAUCUCAUAUCUCUCUCGUACGCGCACUCGGCUGGAGUAUCAUUGGCCUGAGUUCUUCCGGUCUUUGCUGUCCAUCGUUCGCUUCCUGGCUACAUACACAGCCGAUCUGAAGGAUCUACCACAUAUCGAUACUCUUCUCGACCACGUUGUUAACCUCAUCGCCCUAUCCCUCUCCGCUGGUGAAGCCUUCCUCCCCUCGCCAGCAGACUACGACGAUCUGUUCUACAAAGUCGUCGAGUCCGGUGAGGUUCUCACCAAGUUCAAGGAGAACUACCGCCUUGGUAACCGUAACAGCAACUCCAUUGAUACGCUUAUUAACGUUAGUGCGCAUUACAACCAGAUGCUUUCAGAAGGUGGCGCGAAUCGUCGUAAGCCUAGUCUUUUGACGACGCAGGAGGUCACGGAGGUUAUUCGUCAGGGUUAUGAGACGUUGAGUAUUCAGGCGAAGGAGGGACUGGAUUCAUGGGAGAGGUACCGGGAGGCGGAUGAGAGGACGUUGCUCAAGAAGAUGGCGAGAGCAGCGGUUGGUGAUGUGCGAGUUAUGGUUGAGCGGUAG